CCCAACACAAAGAAAUUUUUAAUCUGCACAAAGGGUUUUUGUGUUUGAAUCGAAGGCGGGCUGAAACUUUCAAAGUCCAGUCGGAGUCGGAAAUGGAUGUCCCCAAGGAUCAAAUGUCUACUCUUCUCGAUUGCGGCCUCUAUAACUCUGCUCAGAUGCUCGGUUGUUUCCUUGUUUCUUCAUCUUCUGUGAAUAAUGACACCAGUCCACAUCUCAAGGCGGAAAAUCUGGCUCUCUACGGUGAUGCUUUGCUUCAAGAUAAGGAGUACAGAAGAGCUAUUCAUGUCUAUAAGCAAGCAUUGCAAUAUCACAAGAUCAUCUCUAAAGUAAAUGCAACAACUAGAAGUUCAUUGUCCACAUCAAAUAGGUCUUCUUCCCCAAAUUCUUUUAAUGCAUCGGCAAUAAAUGAAAAUGAGGUGAAGUUCAAAAUUGCAUCUUGUCAUUGUGCCAUAAACGAGAAUAGAGCUGCUCUUGCUGAGAUGGAGGCUAUUCCGAGCAAAGCAAGGAACUUGCAGAUGAAUCUGUUGAUGGGAAAACUUUAUCGAUGUUCUAAACAUACUCGUCCUGCCAUUGCCUGUUACAAAGAGUGUCUGAGACAUUGCCCAUAUAUCAUUGAGGCCAUUACAGCGUUGGCUGAGUUAGGUGUUCAAGCGAAAGAUAUUUUUUCAUUGCUUCCACAGACGCCUAAUAGAAGUGGCAGGCCUCCUUUUGAUCAGUUUGAAUCCAGCCGUUGGUUGCAACGCUAUGUUGAGGCUCAAUGUUGCAUUGCAUCAAAUGAUUAUAAAGGUGGUCUGGAACUCUUCUCAGAACUUCUUCAGCGUUUUCCUAACAAUGUACACAUAUUACUUGAAAUGGCGAAGGUGGAAGCUAUUAUUGGAAAAAACGAUGAAGCCAUUACGGAUUUUGAGAAGGUUCGAUCAAUUGAUCCUUAUGUCGUCACCUAUAUGGAUGAGUAUGCUAUGCUUUUAAAGCUAAAAUCUGAUCCACUAAAGUUAAACAAGUUAGUGCAUGAUUUGCUGAGCAUUGAUCCAGCCAGGCCUGAAGUGUUUGUUGCUUUAUCUGUUUUGUGGGAAAGGAAAGAUGACAGAGCUGCUCUAACUAAUGCCGAGAAAAGCAUCCGAAUUGAUGAUAGGCAUAUAACUGGGCACAUCGUGAAGGGUAACUUGUUUCUGUCGAUGAAUCAACCAGAAGCAGCUGUGGGUGCCUUCAGGUCUGCUCAGGAAUUGAGACCUGAUCUGCGUUCCUACCAAGGCUUGGUCCGAUCUUAUCUGGCCCUUUUGAAGACUAAAGAGGCUUUGUAUGCCGCAAGGGAGGCAAUGAAGGCCAUGCCUCAAUCUGCAAAGGCUCUAAAACUUGUUGGCGAUGUAUAUGCUAGUAAUUCUAGUGGCAGAGAAAAGGCUAAGAAGUUUUACGAGUCUGCCCUAAGGCUGGAACCUGGUUACCUUGGAGCUGCAUUAGCAUUGGCAGAGUUACAUGUUAUGGAAGCUCGGAACUAUGAAGCUGUAACUCUGCUCGAACGCUACCUCAAAGACUGGGCUGAUGACUCACUUCAUGUCAAGCUGGCCCAAGUAUUUGCUGCUACAAAUAUGAUGCAAGAUUCCCUCUCACAUUAUCAGGCUGCUUUGAGGAUUAAUCCCCUAAAUGAGGCAGCAAAGAAAGGGUUGGAGCGAUUGGAGAAGCAGAUGAAGGGAGUCGAUCCUGAUGCCCCUGAAGAAGAGGAGGAGAACGAUGCUGAUGAUGCUGAUGGUGAUCCAGAAGAGACGGAGCUUUUGUGAUGGAUCAAGAGGUCCAAAAUUGGCUACAUCUCCCAUCUUCAUUGUUCGUCUUGAUAUAUCUUCGGGCAUAUCGCUUCGGUUUGGAUUCAAAGGUAAUGAGAAGUUGAAAACCUGUGUGGUACUAUUGGUCGACGGUUAGAUACAACUCAGAUUCAUCUAUAUCCUACAUAACCCAUGUUCGGAAGAAGAUCAAGAUUUAUUCAACAAGAGUUUGAAUGUGGGGUUUCUUCCUGCCUAAAUAGAAUUGGUGAAGAAAUGUUGUAUAAACUCAUGUGGGAUUGUAAAUUAAAUCUACUCGAUUGGCAUGGAUUGGAAAGCUCGAUCCAGAAUCUUAUCUCUGACUCUUUAUAAAACCAUCGAACGAUUUAUGAACUAGUUUAUUUUUAGGUAUCUUUUCCUCAAAAUUGUAUCUAUAUUGGAAUAAGUUUUUAUGGUUUCGUUUGCCUUA